CUGUGGCGGCCUGCGAGCCAACGGUUAGCACAGAUGGAGACUGACCGAGAGCGUCGGCUCGAACCAUGCAGUUUCAGUCCUCAAAUCCACAGAAAUGGAGGGGGAAAGGAAAAGAAUUACUCCAUCAUCACUAAAUGCAAGAAAGUAGCAACAGCAACAGGGAUGCAAUGAUAAUGGAUUCUGAAUUAAUGCAUAGUAUAGUAGGAAGCUAUCUUAGACCUCCUGAAAGAGUGUUUGUUCCGUCAUUUACCCAGAGUGAUGAAUCAUCUCACUACUCCAUGAACUUAGAAGUUACUGCUACUAAAAUGCUUCACAGUCCAAAUAGCCAAGCUAUUAUUUUAGCCUUAAAAACUCUUCAGGAAAAGAUUCAUCGUUUAGAGUUAGAGAGAACACAAGCUGAAGAUAACCUGAACGUUAUUUCCAGAGAAGCAGCACAAUAUAAAAAGGCCUUGGAGAAUGAAACAAAUGAGAGAAAUCUGGCACACCAGGAACUGGUAAAGCAGAAAAAAGAUAUAAGUAUGCAAUUAAGCUCAGCCCAGUCUCGCUGUACCCUUCUAGAGAAGCAACUAGAAUAUACAAAGAGAAUGGUUCUCAAUGUAGAGCGAGAGAAGAAUAUGAUCCUAGAACAACAGGCCCAGCUUCAAAGGGAAAAAGAACAGGAUCAUAUGAAGCUUCAAGCAAAACUUGAAAAGCUUGAUGUGUUAGAAAAAGAAUGUUUUAAACUUACAACAACUCAGAAAACUUCUGAGGACAAGAUUAAACAUUUAGAGGAAAAACUAAAGGAAGAAGAACAUCAGCGUAAGCUCUUUCAAGACAAGGCUUCUCAGCUUCAAACUGGACUUGAAAUCAAUAGAAUUUUAAUGUCUUCAGCAUCAAAUCCAAAGCACUUCAAUGAAAAGAAGAAAUCUUCAAAGAAAACUAAAUGUUUAAAGAGAGGACCACCUCAGCAAAUUUAUUCAAAGUUUGGAUCACAGCCUAUUGUGGCUGAGAAGUCUGCCAGUACAAGCCAUUCACUGAAUCCAAGUAUGCAAAACCUCCUGCAGACGACGCAACAUUACAGGACACAUACCCUUCAAAAACCAGCUGAAGUAGCUGAGCCUGCAUGUCUCCACAAGCCUUCUAGAACAACUUCUCAGUGUAAAGCUUUACAUUCUGACUCAGAAAAGUCUAUUUCCAUUUGUAACAAUUUGUCUGAACUUUUGAUGGCAAUGCAAGAUGAGCUGGACCAAAUGAGUAUGGAAUACCAAGAACUACUAAAUCAAAUAAAAGAAACUGAAAGUCAAUCAGUUUGUGAAGACAUAGAAUGUAAACUAGAGCGUUUAGUCAAGAAAAUGGAAAUUAAAGGAGAACAAAUUUCCAAACUGAUGAAGCAUCAAGACAGUGUUCAUAAACUACAACAAAAAGUUCACAAUUCAAAGAUGAGUGAAACUUCAGCUAUUCAGCAAGAAGAUGGCAACUGUAAAGGAUCAAAGAACAUAAAAAAUAGCCCCAGAAAUUGUUGGUUAAGUAACUCUCUUCAAAAGAACAGCAACUUUCGUCCAAUACAAGUCCAUAAUCUUCAAAUGAAAUUGAGAAGAGAUGAUAUCAUAAGUCUAUGAAAACUAGUACAACUCUUCUGAACUUUUUUGGUUUCCCACCAAAAUCUUUGGGGAAGCUAGAGAAUUGGAGUCACCAGCUAAAAUAGAAGUAGAAGACUGACAGAAAAUGCAUGAUAGAAGGGAGGCGCUCAGAAGACAGGAUAGCAGUUUAAGUGAUGGUGAUUCUGAAGACAAGAGUUGGAGGUACAUCUUUAUCUACAGCUGGGAGGAUAUUCAAGCUAUAGGUGGGAAAGAAUUUUUAGAUCAAGAUCUUGGGGAGCUAGGAAAAACAGUUUUUUAAAGACAGUCUUUAUGUCUUCCUAGGAAAUUCCCAAAAAGUAUGUGUAGGAGGUAAUUGUGGACCCUCUGUGGGGGAGGAGGAAAACCAUGAUUCAUUCUCAUUGAGAGAAUUACAAGACCUACAUUAGAAGACCUUUCCAUACCCGAAGUGGGGAAACGACUGAAAUGGGCAGAUUUAUACUUGGAAUUGUCCUUGAAAGAAACUAAUGGCAGAGAUAAAAGUUUCUCUCCCUCUGGUUUAAAUAGUGCAUGUGUCCUUCACCCUCUUUCACUCCCUCUCUCUUCACAGCUCCUUCAGCCCCAGAGAUGUUCCACAGAGUGCUUCGUCUAAACCCAGUUUCAUCACCUUACCUAUUUUUCAACUUUGCCUUUUCUUCUCAAGAAUGUGAGUGCUAUAGUUUAUACUUAGCAAAAAACUCAUCAGGACCACAAUACAGCCCUGUCUUCUCAUACCAUUGUUAUCUAUGCACUUAAGAUGGUGGCUGAGUAUAUUUAGUUUAUCAGUAGUGAAGUCAUUACUUGUGAAAAUGUAUUACUAAGACAAAUUACCAUUAAAAAAUUAAAAUCAUUAAAGGAACACUUGAAUAUUUCAAUUAAGAACUGAGAAUUUUCUUGUAAAAUCAGUGUAGUGUUGUAGAAAAAAACAUAGAUUUCAGAAUUAACAGACUUGCGUACACGUUGUGAUUCUGCCAUUUAGUAGCUUAGACAAUCAAAUAACUUUGGAGCCUCCAUUUUUCAUUUAUAAAUGAGGGAUUAUAUUACUACCUACCUCACAGGGUUCUGUGAGGAUUAAAUGAAAUAACAUGUCAAAGCACCCAGCAGAAGGGUUGGCACUGAAUGAAAACUCAAUAAAUGUUAAAUCUGAGUCGCUAAAAAAAAUUGUCAUAGAACCUAAAUUUGCAUGGAUUAAAGCCUGAAAACAAGAGCCAAAAAGUAUUCUUUGUAAAAGUGGAAAUAUUCUAAUUUACUUUUUUUUUUUCUUCUGUGUGCCUCAGGGGAAAUGCUUUGCCUUGUUCCCUGGCUCAGGUUUCUAGUUGGGUGGGUAAAGAAUACAGCCCUACCGUGGUGCAGAAAUAAAUGAUCACACACAGCAACUUGGUUUGGAGUCUGUCUGGGUUGUGGGGGUGACAUUUAUUAUGGAGAGACUACAAAGAAUGGUGUCUUGUUGCUCCAUCACAGCUAUUGAACUGAAAAUGUAUCUCUGCUCACAGACUGCUGCUUGCCUUUGACUCUUCAGGGGGUGGAGCAAAUGAUUUCCUUCCUGGAUGGGGAGGUCUAUGGUCAGUGUACAAGCGUUGCUGUAGCAACCCCGCAGCUGUGCUCUGCCUAGCACAAACUCCGCAGGAUCUCAUAGAUUUUGCUCACUUAAGUGAAAAACAGACUGAAACCUCCCUGAAGUUAAGAUCCUUUCUUGCUCACCUCUGUAGCCCAACACCUAACACAAUCCUUGGCCCGUAAGUAGCCUCUCAAUAAAUAUUUGAUAAUUACAUUUUAUGAAAAUAUAUUAACCUUAUAUGGUGGUUUCAUCCAAGUGAGCAUGUUGGGUCAAGUACUGCUGUUUCAGGCACGAGUUCAGCUGUUCUGCUAUUUCACCUUUUAAGGAUAUGUGACCAUAUUUUAUGUAAUCAUUGGUUAAGAAUAUUUCAGUAUUUUUUGCGCAGCAAAGGAAACCAUAAACAAAAGAAAAAGACAACCUACGGAAUGGGAGAAAAUAUUUGCAAAAUAUGAGGCUGACAGGGGCUUAAUUUCCAGAGUAUGUAAACAGCUCAUACAACUUAAUAACAAGAAAACAAACAACCCAAUCCAAAAACAGGCAGAAGACUUAAACAAGCAAUUCUCCACUGAAGACAUAAAAAUGGCCAGUAGGCACAUAAAAAAAUGCUCAGUAUCACUAAUUAUCAGAAAAAUGCAAAUCAAAACUACAAUGAGGUAUUACCUCACACCAGUCAUAAUGGCCAUCAUUCAAAAGUGCACAAACGAUAAAUGCUGGAGAGGGUGUGAAGAAAAGGGAACUCUCCUACAGUGUUGGUGGAAAUGUAGUUUGGUACAGUUGUCAUAGAAAACAUGGAUAUUCCUCAAAAAACUAAAAAUAGACUUAUCAUAUGAUCUAACAACCCCAUUCCUGGGCAUAUAUCCAGAGGGAACCUUAAUUCAAAAAGAUACAUGCACCCCAGUGUUCAUAGCAGCACUAUUUACAAUAGCCAAGACAUGGAAACAACCUGAAUGUCCAUCGACAGAUGACUGGAUAAAGAAGUUGUGUUAUAUUUCUACAAUGGAAUACUACUCAGCCAUAAAAAAGAAUAAAAUAAUGCCAUUUGCAGCAACAUGAAUGUACCUGGAGAAUGUCAUUCUAAGUAAAGUAAGCCAGAAAGAGAAAGAAAAAUACCAUAUGAUAUCACUUAUAUGUGGAAUCUAACAAAAAAAGACAAAUGAACUUAUUCACAAAACAGAAACUGACUCACAGACAUAGAAAACAAACUUAUGGUUACCAGGAGGGGUAGGGGUGGGAGGGGAUAAAUUGGGAGUUCUAGAUUUGCAGAUACUAACUAAUAUGCAUAAAAUAGAUGAACAACAAGUUUAUACUGUAUAGCACAGGGAACUAUAUUCAAUAUCUUGUAGUAACCUAUAGUGAAAAAGAAUAUGAAAAUGAAUACAUGUAUGUUCUGAUAUGACUGAAAUAUUGUACUGACACAACAUUGUAA